GGCACGCAAGCACAGUGAGCCCGGUGCGGAGCGGAGCGCAACUUCAGAACCGUGUGCAGUGGGUGGGAGUCGCAGCCCCCGUGAGUCAAGAGAGUGAAGAGUAACUGAAAGAACGGACUUCUACUCAGUCUGUCCGCGACCGUCCGUCAAGCAGACGUCUCCGACUCGGUCCGGUGGUCCAUCAUUUACGGAGUGUCUCGUUCAGUAGUGUCACCGAGGCCUCGUAGAAGCCACAUGUCGCCUAUCGUGCGUUGGUUACCGGCGUCCUGAUCCAUCAACGAUCAUCGCUAACAGCAGAUAGCAGCUACUAUCCUCCACGUUUCCGGUCACGAUCGUGUUUGACAGUUCAAACCGAGAAUCGCCCGCCGUGCAUGAAAGUGACUUGACCGUGCGAUCAGUGGCAAUAAGGUGCAAAAGAUAUGUGGUUCGCGAACGUCCUCGCAGGCUUUAUCGGCCUGACCCUCGUCGGGUCACCACCUUGGUGUUCCGACGCCUUCAACGUGGAGACGAAGCACACCACGGUUUAUCAGUUGGACAGCACAUACAUGUUUGGGUUCGCGGUGUCGAUGUACCGGGACAAACAGGGUCGAGGCUGGGGGAUUGUGGGUGCACCGAUGGCCGCAACCGAGCAAGAGGGUGUCUACAGAGGCGGUAAAGUUUAUAGAUGCGACAUCGCCGCUGAUAACACGUGCUGGCCGAUCCGUUUCGACACGAGCAGAAAUAAUUAUGUUAGAAAUCCGAGCGUCGCGGGCGGACUAAGUCAGAUCGAUAAUAAGACACUUCAAUGGUUUGGUGCAACGGUAUCAUCUUCCUCGGUUGAUGGAGGUCCAAUUUUGGCGUGUGCCCCCAGGUACAUCUGGUUCUCGGUGUCCCAGUCGAAGCAUGAUCACGAUGACAAUCGGUGGAGCAAGGAAUCGACGGCCGGAAAUCGACGGGAACCUGUCGGCACCUGUUGGGUCGUUAGCGACAGCUUCAAGGAAUCGCAGGAAUUUUCACCCUGCCGGACAAAGCACUGGGGAUACCACAGGCAGGGUUCGUGUCAAGCUGGUUUGGGCGCCGCCAUAUCCAAGAACGGUGAGAGACUCUUCAUCGGGGCGCCAGGAAGUUGGUACUGGCAAGGCCAAGUGUUUUCACAGCCGUUGAACAGCCGCUCGAGAAUAAUGUUCACCAAGGAAGGUCCGGCGAAGGAGGACGAUAGCUACAUGGGUUAUUCCGUCACGACCGGGGACUUUAUUGGAAAUGGCGACAGCGGCACGGCUGUCGGCGUGCCUCGUGGCUCCGAUCUGCUCGGCAAAGUGAUCCUUUUCACUUCGAACAUGACGAAUCCUCGUAACAUUAGUGGCGAACAAAUGGGAGCUUACUUCGGUUAUGCGGUGGCUUCCGGUGAUAUCGACGGCGAUGGGUUAGACGAUCUUAUAGUCGGCGCGCCUAUGUACACCGUGCCAGAUAACCCGGAAAUGACCAUCGAGACCGGAAGGGUGUACGUGAUCUACCAAGGCGCCGGACCUGAAAAAUUCCGCAAAGUUGAUUCCAGAGAUGGGGAGAGCAACCGUGGACGAUUCGGUUUGUCGCUGUCUUCACUGGGUGAUAUUGACCGUGACGGUUACGGCGACUUCGCCGUGGGUGCUCCUUACGGUGGUCUUCAUACCGACAGCGGUGCUGUCUACAUCUACCAUGGAUCCGCGACUGGUGUCUUAGAAAAGUAUUCGCAAGUGAUCUACGCCGAAGAGCUGAAGCUGCCUGCGCAUUUGAAGACUUUCGGAUUUUCCGUGUCCGGUGGCCUCGACCUCGACGGGAACCAUUACCCCGAUCUGAUAGUCGGUGCCUAUGAGUCGAGCACAGCGGUGUUCUUCAGAUCUCGUCCGGUCAUCAAAAUGGAUUCGUACGUGACGUUCGAUCAGGAAUCGAAAUUGAUCUCGUUGGACGACAAGAACUGCAGGCUAUCGGAUAGCAGCAGGGUCACCUGCUUCCCUUUGAGGGCUUGCUUCAAGUAUAGCGGCGAGGGAGUGUUGACCAGCCACACUUUCAAUAUUCAGUACGUCCUGGACGUGAAGAAGACGAAGAAUCCUAGGCUAUUCUUCUUGGAACUGGAAGGCAGGAACAUGAUGAACCGAACGAUCACGGUAGAUCGGGAUCGUCAGUUCUGUCGCACGGUUCAGGUGUACGUAGCACCAAACAUUCGUGACAAGUUGACAUCACUAGAUGCCGAGAUGCGAAUGAGCCUUGACGAAGAACGUAUCGGUGAUAUCAGACAACGCGACCCACGACUUCCUCUGCGCCCUGUCCUCGGAUCGACGACAUCCAGGAAAGAUUCUCUAUCCAUCAGGAAGAAUUGUGGUCCUGACAAUGUGUGCAUACCGGAUCUUCAGAUGAACGUGUCGUCCAACGUUCUCAAGUAUCUUCUGGGAUCUGGGAAACGUCUGGAACUGGAUGUCCUGGUGCAGAACAUGGGCGAAGACGCGUUCGAAUCGACGUACAAUCUGAAACUGCCAACUGGAAUAGAUUACAUAAAGGUAGAGAAGAUCGAGACAAUGGGGGUGCCUGUGCAGUGUUCAGCGCCGAAACAAUCGAACAACAAUACGCUUCGCUGCGACAUUGGCAAUCCACUGCAGAAGAAUGGAUUGGUGAAGUUCAAGGUUCUGCUGCAACCUGUCACUUCCCAUGGAAUGAAGCCUAUCUAUGAAUUCGAGAUGGACGUGAACACUACCAAUCCAGAGAAUCCAAUGACAGUCGAGGACAACGUGUACACAUUGAGGUUGCCUAUCUGGAUCGAGACCGAUCUGCGGGUGGACGGUGAGAGCAAACCGAAGGAGCUAUAUUACGAUCCUGGCAAUUACACCAGCGAAACGAACGCGACCACGGAAAUGGAGUUUGGUCCAGCCAUGACGCACAAUUACACUAUUCGUAACCUUGGCCCGUCGGAUGUUAUCGAGGCGGAAGUGUUCCUCAUUUGGCCCGCGCAAACGCUGGCCGGAAAUGAGCUACUGUACCUGCUGGAACAGCCGGAAACCUCGGGACCUAUCGCCUGCGAGAGCGCGAACGCGAAUUAUCUUAGCUUGAAGUUGGACCAACGCAAAAGAUUCUACUCGCAGCAUGCAGAUCCUUCAGGCGUGAUCUUGGACGAAUCGCAGUCAGGCAGAACUAUAAACGUCCAAAGAGGAUUCGAUGCGCAAAGCAACAGAAUGAACCAAACAGAAGAAGCCGACAUCAACAGCGGAGACAGUUCGAGUAUCCAGAAAACUCGUCACUCGUCCUCGUCUUCGUCGAACGUUGUUGCCAGCGAAACUAGGAGGAUACAAUUAUCAACGACCGGAGAGAAGCCGGACGUCUUGGUGCAGACGUACACUCAAAACAACUCUGGCACUAGUUCCAUCAGCAGUGGCAAUCUAUCCGGUGGCAACAGGGGCAUGGUCUUCCACACAGAAUCCGGUGGUUACGCGGAGUCCGGUACUCUGGGCGGUGGUUUCCGCAACACCGACGACGCCAGUUUGGACUCUAGGGUUCCCAACCUGGAAACACACCACGGGAGUAGAAUAAAUCACUCGGAGACGAUUGAAACUCGCUGGGGUGAGACGAGCGCCUCUGGAGGCCGCGCUGUUUCCGGCUCACUCAAUCCCGAUCUGAUCCAAAGCGAGGAGUACCAGGAAUCGUUGAGGCGGCAGAUGGAACAGCGUCGUCUGGAGCAAGAGAAGCAAAAUAAAGGGCAGCAGGAACACCGAUCGCAACUGUGGAAAGAGGAAGAGGAACGUAUCGCUAUGAAGCAACAGCGAGAGGAUUGGGAACGUUUGGUCUACCAGAGAAAGCAGGAAGAGAAGCGGAGAGAGCAAGAGGAAGAAGAGCGAAGAAGGCAAGAAGAAGAGCGAAGGAGACAGCAGGAAGAGGAGGAAGCGCGAAGAAGUUUGAAAGAGGAAGAGAUCCGAAGACGCGAGGAAGAGCGACGACGAUUGACGGAAGAGGAGUACAAACUGAAGCAGGAAAGGCGAUACGGCAUUUCCGCAGGUACGGAAGGCGGAUUAAUCACCGGCGAUCGAGAGGAAACCGUUCGAGGUGGCGAGUUCGGAUUCCAGCUGCGUAACAUCAGCUCUACACAGGAAUUGGAGUCCUUGUUCGGGUCUUUAUCGAAGUCGUCUAGUUACGCGUUAUACAACAGACAGGGCAGGAAUUAUGUCCAGUUCACGGCCAGGUUCAGGACUUCCGCCGAUAGGAAAGAAUACAUUGAGUUCCAGGAUGGUUCCAUGUUCCCUCUUCAGGAUCGGUACGGGGACACUAGUUACGUAUCCGAAUCUACCGAACCUCGGGAAAGUCGGUUCUUAAGAAUGGAGGGCGAGCUGUUGGUUGACUCACAUGGGAAAGGCUUCAUCGUUUUGAAAGACAGUCGCAGGUUCCCUCUGCAAGGUUCCUUCACUUACACCGAAGAACGUACCUACACCUCAGGCGAUCCUCGCGAAGGACUUCAGAACAGAGGUUCCAGUGAUUAUGAGUCGAGGGGCUACAGCAGGUCCUGGAACGAGGAUUCCGAGCAGACUGGAGACGUCGAUUAUGAGGCGAGAUACACGAGUACUCAUGAAGAGAAGAGAACAGAGGACAGACGAGUAACCAGCAGGAUUCAUGGAAGAGACAAUCGCGAGACAUUCGAUGAGACUAAUACGCAGAGCUCGAACGCUGGUAGCAGAUUCAAGCGUGAAAGCGAUAUGAUGGAAGUGGAAGAGUUUAAGAGGUUGCAGAGGCUACAUAGACGUACCAGAGACUUGGAGAAGGAUCUUAUAGCGGAGGAGAGUGAAUUCGAUGAGAACGAUGAGGAUGAAAAUGAUCCCAGGACCCAUGGACCCGUCAGUCCAUGCGAUACCUCGAAGUGUGUCAUGUUAAGGUGCGUCGUGGGUCCAAUGAAAAAGGACCAGGAAGUCUGGAUCGGUGCUAGGUAUAGGGUAGACGCAAGGACCUUGAAGAAAGUGGCCACGCAGGAGAAGGUGAAGGUCUCCACCAAGCUGGUGGCACGUGUCACUAAGCAGCCGUUCAUCGGUGCACCUGCCGAACAGGUGAUCAAAAGUCGUGAAAUUAAAACGAACGUCGAACCGAGCACGACACCAUCUGCGCCGGAUUUCAUUCCUCUGUGGGUUGUGGUUCUCUCUGCUUGCGCUGGAACGAUCAUCCUGUUGCUGCUUAUUUACCUGCUGCACAAGUGCGGAUUCUUCAAGAGGAACAGGCCAUCAGAUGCGCCAGAGAGGCAACCUUUGAACAGGAACGGUCAUUUCCACGGGGACGAUCACUGAAGCAUGAAUCGAGGAUGGAUCAGUGGGAAUCCUCGGGAUACGAAAAGUGUCGAACGAUAAUUGAUGAAUCGAACGAAGCGCCACGAAGUGCCUUUGACUGCUAACCCGUCGAAGGAGCGGGAACACGCAUUCGUUGGGUCACACGGAGCUGUAACACAGUUCUGCCGCGUGUACGAAAUAAUUUUCACUAACGAUCGCGGAUAUCUCUAUCUCCAGGACGUUACAGAAACUGGUAGAGUGAAUUAGAAAGGUUCUGGAGCGAUUCUGCGACCAUUUUACUGCCACUGAAUACUCCUUCCAGCUCCUGCAGCUCGACCAUGCAAGUUUCUAGUCAGGAGACAUUUUCUUUUUUAUUUUAUUGUUCUCUUUCCUCUUUAACCUGUAAUAUUUACUUAAGCCUCCCGUUCGUCGAUAAAUGCGUCGAUAAAUACGUGUAAGUGAACUCGACGAUCGUAUCGUCCUAAUACGCACAGUAGAACAAACGUUUCUCGAGAACAGAAAGUCAAUGUUCACCAAAAUAUCUUCCUACUUGCGAAGAGUGGAUAGAAGAUCCUCUUCGUCUGCUUUUGAAACGAAAAGUUCGUUGAUCGAAACUCUCCGAGCAGAGAAAUGGAAAAGAGAAUGUUAUUUUUAACCCCCAUUCGAUAAGAAGCUUGUACAAAUGAUAAUUAAGUUUCAGACGUUUUGAAAACGAAAUGAAGAAGAGGUGCAAUUUUUACUGAAUGAUAUCGGAGUAGUUCAAAUUUUUAUUAUAAUGUUAAUCCACAGGGUGUGACAUGAUAUGUUGUAAAUUGUGAAUGUAGAAUCUAUUUAACUCUGUAAUGUGUAACUGUUGGACACCAUCGAUUUGAAUUCAGAAACUUUUAAAAAGUUAUUAAAAUGCUAUAUAUACUGCUGUUAAAGAUAACCAAUCAUCUUUCAUAUAAAUCAUUUCAUUUCAUAUCUAAAUAUGCAAACAGAGUCAAGUAAAGAAUACAUUUCUAUGAAUACCUUUCCUAUAAAUUGCAAAACACCCUGUACAAGAGAGCGUACCAUGAACGUGUUGCAACAGAACUUCAAGUUCUUUCCCCUGACUUUAUAAUAUUUAUUUACGAUAGUUCAUCGAUACCACGAAAGCAAUAACGGUGAGCAAAGAUACAACAUAAUUAAUAUAAAACAGAAUGGACAAAAAUAAGAUGACAAACAUAAAGUCUAAUAUUUUCGCAAACCUUACUGAUAGAAUAUCCGAAACUGCAAUCAAUGAAGUUCGUUUUUUAACGUGUGGGCGUACAGUCGGCCCGAAUAUUUUAACAUCAUGAAGAAUUAAAUAUUGACAGAUCUCAUUUGUUGCCUACAUCGGUAACCGAUUUGUACUUUUUUUUUCUUUUUAGUAAGGAAAUGGACUCGAGAACGGGAAUAUCUAAUUAUUUAUUAAAUUUCUACAUUAUACGAUGUACAUGUAACGUAUGAUAGAGGACCGUAACGUGAACGGUGUCUCACCUGUGUAUGUGUGUACAAUCUUGUAAAUUAUUAAUUGUAUUACUAAAACUAUUCAGAUGGAAAAUAGCUAACGCAAUAAUAAUUAUAUAGAAAAUAAAAGAAGAAAUUCCUGAGAAAUGCGGGAAGGUAGAACUGACUUGUAUAUACAGACUUAAGAUGUAAUGUUAAAAACAAAAAAUAUAUAUA